UUCAGCUUUCCUUAUGUAUCGACGCCAGGUAAGUACGUCCAAGAGCACUCGCGGGCAGAUUAGCAAUGCAGGUUGAGGUACAGGUACAUGUAGUAAGGUGUACCAAUGCACACACGCACACGUAGAUACGCUAAUACUACCAACAAGGAAUUCCAUUUGCCAGUGUCAGUCUAGAAACGAUCGCGGACAUUUGCGCAAGUCCCGCUUAUAAAGUGAAGACCAUUGCAGGCAAACAUACUUAAUGUUUACAGACAUACGUACGUGUUUUUAGUGCGAAUAUUUGUGAUUGUGCACUUCUGAAAAUUUUCUGUUUUCGCCAAAGGAAAUUAUGAAGUGACAAGACUCUAUUGUUUUUCCCGACCGCUUGUUUAUAACGCGUUCGUUGAUUAAAAAUCCGGCUCGUAAUUUAAGUACAUUUAUGAUUUCCAAAUUCGAUUUUUUCUAAAUAAAUAAACUUUUGUUAUGUGUACGGUGCAGGAGUGUGGAAUGCGAAAAUAACACAAAUCAACUCGCGUUGUAAGCGACCGACCACCACAAGAAUGUUGCAAAGUACGAGCUCGUAUCACAACAAGUACCGUCCCAAUUUUUACGAGAGCACGUGUUUAAGAUGCAACGAGACCGUGUACCAAGUCGAUCGCGUCGGGCCGCUCAAAGAUUUCACCUUCUUUCACAGCGGUUGCUUCAAGUGCGCCAUUUGCGGCACGAAACUUACCCUAAAGACAUACUACAACAACCAGCACCGGCAGGAGGACAAGGAGGUGUACUGUAACAGUCAUGUGCCCAAAAUUGGACCCGGACAUUUAGAUGGAUCUUGUGUCGGUAUCAGGUGCGCCUUGAACGUACCGAAAUCGACUAAUUUUGUCAACGAACAGAUCAGAGUACCUUCGGGAAGGGCAAGUGCCGAAUCAGAAGUUUUAAACGGAAGAACACACGUAAAUGGCAAUCACGCGUCGCCCCCGCAUCAUGGCGACCGGAAACAUAUGUACAGCCCCAAUUUGUGUCCCCAGAACACCCAUAGCGAUUCGCCCGGUUAUAGAUAUGGACGAUUUGACGCUAGCGCCCUCCACAUAGCCCAUGCACUUCGGCAAACUGAACUACAAAAGGCCUACAGCAGACCGCUGGAAAAACCGAUCGACUGCUACUUGGUAAGUGACAAGAACAAAGCGUUAGAAAUAAAGAAUAGGAGAACAGAGGACUCUAUAGAGUGGAAGUCAAUAAGAAAUAGGUGAGAUAAUCAGAGACAUAUUAGAGAUCAGAUUAAUGACGAAUGGGAAAAAGAAUUGGAAAGACUAACGAACAAAUUCGAAAGAGAGAUGCAACUGAAAAGAAAAAGAGACGAACAGAAUGUAUUGACCUUAAGGCAUCAACAGGAAAAAGAAGAUUUAGAAAAAAAUAUGACCCUCAGAAGGGACAGAAAAAAGGAAUCGCUUUCGAAGAAAAUGUUGGAACAUGAAAGGGCGGCUACAGCAGCUUUGGUAGAGAAACAAAGUCAUGAAAUGUUAGAACUGAUAAAUGAAAAGAGAAGUCAAUAUAUGCAGGCAGAAUCCUUAUACGCCGAUGAGGUUGAUAAUGGGGGUAUUGGUGGGGAUUACGUAGAUGAACUAGCCCCCUAUCCCACCCAAGCACCACCACCCGCCCCCCCAGCUCUCAGUAAAUUCCAGAUAUACAGCGAUCCUGCGGAAUUUUCACACGUCGACCAAAUUGCAAUUUCGGUGGCUCAAGAAGACCAAAAGUCUUUUACGGAUUUGGUGAGGCAACUUGUAGGCCGUUGUGGAUCGGAUAUAGAGAAGGCAAGGACAAUCUUUCGGUGGAUCACUGUAAAAAAUCUAAACGCCAUGACAUUUGAUGAUAAUCUAAGAGGAGACACACCCAUGGGUUUAUUGAGGGGUAUUAAACAUGGGACUGAAAGUUAUCACGUCUUGUUCAAGAGACUUUGCAGUUAUGCUGGUCUUCACUGUGUAGUCAUUAAGGGUUAUUCAAAAUCUGCCGGUUAUCAGCCUGGUGUAAAGUUCGAAGAUAAUCGGUUUCGAAACUCAUGGAACGCAGUCUAUGUCGCGGGGGCAUGGAGAUUUGUGCAAUGCAACUGGGGUGCUAGACAUCUUGUAAACGCCAAAGAAGCACCCAAAGCUGGUAAUAAAACUAAAGCGGAUAGUUUAAGAUAUGAAUACGACGAUCAUUAUUUCUUAACCGAUCCGAAGGAGUUCAUUUAUGAAUUCUUCCCACUACAACCCGAAUGGCAAUUAUUAAAACAACCGAUAACUCUUCAAGAGUUUGAAGAUUUACCAUUUGUGAGGUCCCUAUUUUUCCGAUACGGUUUAUACUUUUCUGAUCCGAACACGAAAGCUGUUAUGUUCACCGAUUCAACAGGUGCAGCAACUGUUCGAAUAGCCAUGCCAGGACACAUGCAAGGAACGUUGAUAUUCCAUUACAAUCUCAAGUUUUACGAUAGCGAAGGAGACACUUUCGAAGGCGUUUCUUUAAAAAGAUUUGUUAUGCAGUCAGUGGCGGGUAACACGGUGUUAUUCAGAGUGCACGCACCGUGUAGCGGUGCCUUUUUACUGGACAUUUUCGCCAACGCUGUAACGCCAAAGGAAUAUCUAACGGGAGAACCGAUGAAAUUUAAGAGCGUUUGCAAAUUCAAAAUAUGCUGUGAAGACUUACAAACGGUCAUGGUUCCUUUGCCUGAUUGUGCUUCUGGCGAAUGGGGACCCACCAAAGCCACAAGACUUUUCGGACUAGUUCCAAUUACCCAUCAGGACGCUCUAAUUUUCGCGGGUCGAGAACUGGAAAUCCAGUUCAGAAUGUCGCGCCCUUUGACGGACUUUAUGGCGACGUUACACAAAAACGGGGUGGAAGAGAAAAAAUUAUCAAAAUUCGUGUCCCAUCAUGUUGUUGAGGACUCCGUUACGUUCACUAUCACAUUCCCUGAAGAGGGUCAAUACGGUUUGGACAUUUACACGCGAGAAAUGGCAAUGAUACAUGAUGCAACAGGUGAAAAGCACCUCCUCACGCACUGUUGUAAAUAUUUAAUCAAUUCGUCUAAACGAAAUUGAUACGAACGAUUAUAAACUACGUUGGUGAAAGAACUACAUAUAUUUAACGAGUCAAUCAAAGACUGGCUAUCAUCAACAAUUAUUGCAAAAAGAGAUUUUUUAAUUAUUUUAUUAUUUACGAUAACCCCUGUACCUACACUUGGUUAAGCUUUAAAAAUAUACAGGGCGAUUUUAUGAUUCAUUACAUUUCGCAAAUUAUGUUUAUUGUACCUAUCUUCCACUAAGAUUCCAAAUUUACAUAUUUUGCGAAAAUAAAUCGCUUUGUAUUUAUGAACAUUAAUUAAGAAAAGAAAUAUUUAUACUUUUAUAAUUUCUUCACGUUGUUAUUUGCUGAGGCUUGUUUAUUGUACCAUAACACCACAUAUUGUUAAAACUAGUUUUUAAGUAUGUUGUAUAAUCAUAAUAAUGGUGCUCAUUCAUAAAAAUAACAAGGAGUUUUAGGGGUGUGAUCUACGUUUUCAAAAUCUUUGCUUUGGACAAUCGAAAUCAAAAACUUUUCAUUAAUUAUCGUUAAAUUAGUCGAGUGUGGAAAACUGGAUCGCACGUCCUAAUAAAAAAAUAUUU